CUUGUUAGCCUGUUAGCCUGUUAGCUCUGCCCUUGACCGACCCACGUGAGUCCGUCCAGCUUCCUGCAUGCUACAUUAGCUUAAGCUAACAUGUCCCGUCACAGCAGGUCUCUGUUGUCUCUCCUGCAGCGGUGUGUCGCCGUCAGGCCGGGGACGUUUCCCGCAGCAUGCAGCAGCAGCAGCGGGGUGCUGUCGGCCGGGUGGACGCUCACUCUGCAGCCGGGAUGGAGGUCCUCAGCCCGGGUACUCUGCCCGCUGCUGUCCGCAGUGAGAACCAGCCAGCACAGCUUCUGCACCAAGGCAGGAGCACCUUGUGAGGACGACUACCCGCCGCUGCCGGCCUAUACGUCUGAUCCAGAGGCAGAGAAGAAGGAGGUGUACAUCAUGCAGGUGAAAGGUCUCCCCUGGUCCUGCUCGGCUCAGGACAUCCUGCAGUUCUUCUCAGACUGUAGGAUCCGUGACGGGGUGAAGGGCAUCCAUCUCACCGUGGACCGGACGGGGAGGCCGUCGGGACAAGCCUUCAUCGAGGUGGAGCACGAGGAGGACGUCAGCAAAGCUCUGGAGAAGCACCGGCAGUACCUCGGCCCGAGAUAUGUGGAAGUGUACGAAGUGGCGAACAGCGACGCUGAAGCCAUCCUGCAGAAAGUCGUCCAGGCUCCAGCUGGCAGCGGGGUGGUGCGUCUCAGAGGACUCCCCUUCUCCUGCACAGAGGAAGACAUCGUCCAGUUCUUUUCGGGUUUGGACAUCAUGGAGAAAGGGAUCACCGUCGUCCUGGACCGCAAAGGAAGAAACUCUGGAGAAGCUUUUGUGCAGUUUUCCUCCCAAGAAGCAGCUGAUGAAGCUCUGAAGAGAGACAGACAAGAAAUCGGAAACAGAUACAUCGAGGUGUUUCCCAGCAGAAGGGACCAGAUUAGUUCUAAUUGGAAGAAGAAGAGUUUAGCUUCUCCUCUCACCGGCCUUCCGUCAGCAAACAGGAACGCCUUUGCCUCACAGAACAGAACUGGAUCCGCUCAGGGCUCAGUGUCUCACUACGUCCACAUGAGAGGACUUCCCUUCCAAGUGUCCGGAGAAGACAUUGUUAAGUUCUUCUCUCCUCUAGUUGUGUCUAAGAUCCUGAUAGAAUGCAGUCCUGAGGGGAGGCCCAGCGGAGAGGCCGACGUUUACUUCAGCUCCCACCAGGACGCCUCGACCGCCUUGUCCAGAGACAGAAUGUUCAUCGGAGAAAGAUACAUCGAGUUAUUCCUGAACUCUGACCAAGAAUCUGGUGGAAGGAGGUGAACACAGAGAUGGCAAACACAGACAAACGCAGGAGUAUUGUAAUUUAUUUUCCGGCCUUGAACGUUGAACAAUAAGCAUUCGUGGUGUCAAAAGACGAACUUCAUUUUCUUCACUGAUUCUAUCCAACAAGAGGCAGUUAACUACAGUUUGAGAUCAACAUAAACAGCUUAUAAAUAAACAUGUAUUCCACUGAGUCAUUGUAGUGAAACCGUUAUGAUAUGGCACAAAAUGCAGUUUUCUUAUGAUUUGUUUUGACGUCCACAGAGAGAAAUCAGAAGAUAAUAUGAAGGUGGUAUAUGAGAGUCAUUAACUAAUAAUGUCCCAAAUGGAAAUAAAAUAUUUUUU